CGUUUCUUUUUGUUUAUAGUUGACGCUAAACGCACUUCACUUCGUUUACCGAGUGGUAUAAAUAUUUUUAUUCGUCCGUUGAUAACACGAUUUUUCACUCGAGUGAUCACAUGGUACAGUUUGCGACAUUAUGUUAGAAAAAGUCUCUUUAAAUAAAUACAGUAAAAUCUGUAAUAUCUAGAAGGAAAAUUUAUUCCUUCGGUGUUUAUUCUACUUUCAAAUAAAAUGUACAUUAAAGAGAUCAUGGCAAUUGCCAUAUAUUUGCUUUCAACUUUGACCUACAGAUAAGAAUGUAGGUAAUAAAAAAAUUGUAUGUACAUGGAUAAAGAUACUACACUAUUCUUAGAUGUCUUACGUAAGAGGAGCAGAACCUUACUAGCUUUUACCAAAAAAAAUUCUGAGAAAAUCAAUAAUGAGAUUAAAAGAUCGUAUUUACAGAAUUCGUUAGUACUAUUCCUGAAGGAGAUAACUACCGAAUGCAAUAUAUCCUUGAAUUAACAAGCGAUAUUUAUAGCUUUUGUUUACAGACCAUUAGGAAGACAGAAUUCUCAUUUAAAAAAUCAAAAAGAGAUAUGGAACUUGAGGAAUGAUUCCAGUGCUGUUAAAGAUCUUUUGCACUUGGAUCGUCAAUUUGAAAACAAGGAUCAAAUGUGUACAUCGGUUUCUAACAUGCGACCUUUAGAAAGAAUAGUUAUACCGUCAAAAAAUGUAUCCCGUUCGCAUUCUUCAUACGUAGUAAAGAGAAAGCCGGUGAAAGAAUGCUAUUGCAAUGUUGAAAUGAAAAAGAUACAACCUCAUUCUUCAAAAAUCAUACAUAAACCUAAUCCACCUUGUAAUUAUUACAAAAAUCAUAUUUGUCAAGCAUCGUUGCCUAUAAAUGAAAAUAAUAUACAAGACACAUUAUCACCUCCCAUUAGUUGCGAAACCAUCAGAAGAGUACAAAAAAUCAAUUACUAUCCCCAAUCUCAAUUUCUUCGCAACGUUCAAAAAAAAGUUUCUGUUCUAAAAGAUGUAUCUUUGGGUGAUUGUCCUGAUACUUGUCCAAGGUCGUCGUACUAUCACAAGCUAAGAACCGAUAAGACUUCAAAUUUAACGGAUACAGAUACUCAAUCAAAAUUUACCCCUGAUACAAUUAGCAAGUCUAAUAUCAUCGACUUUGACAAAUUGGAUUCUAUCCAAAGAGUAUCAAAUUCUGUGACAGAUGAGGAAGAACAAAAUCAGGAAGAAGUUAUACAAAAAGUAAGCAAAGGCAUUCAAGUGCCUUUGAGGAAACCAUCUAAAACAAAGUUUCUUGCAAAGAGAACUAUUUCUUCGAAAAAAUAUAUACCGGAAGGACGUAAAGAAAAACCUACUUCAAGAUCAUCUUCUGAAAAUAAAAAAACCUUAAGAUCAUCCACUUUAGACUGUCAGUGUCAUAAAAGUAAAGUAGACAAAUGUACCAAAGACUUGGAAAAAAAAGAAUUGGGAACAUAUCGUGUUUAUCCGAAAGAUUACGAAGCAGAUUAUCGAGAGCCAAAAAAAUGGUCCUCGACGUAUGACAAAGAUAGUCAAAGAAAAACUGCAAGAUCUUCGGGUAAUGAAGUUAGGGAAUUAAGAAAAUUUCGUGAACAAAAUUAUUUUGAUACUCAUGGAUCAAGUCAAACACUUAUGUCAUCGGAAUCUUCAGGAUCGUUACAACAAUAUAUGUUGAACGAUCGACUUUUUGCAGAGCCUGUUAAAAGGAUUCAUAAAAAAGAUUUAGUCGUAACGAUGCCACCCUGUGCAACGGUACAAAAGAAACGCGUUCAUUACUUCCCUAGAUAUAUAGUACGACAAGAGAAGAGUGCUUGCAACACAAAUUACAAGAAAAAACGUUGCCAAAGUUGUCCAUUAACCGGACAUGCCAUAGAUCUUGGUAUUUCUAAACCUCGUCCGGUAUUAAACAGCUUGGCGUUAAAAUACCAAAAGAAACUUCCUUAACGAAGUAUUUUUAUAGUUUAAAUAAUUUUUUCUCUUAGGUAAACUAUACGAUUUCUAAUAUAUAUAUAUAUAUUCGUUUUUAAAAGUACAGAAAAUAAUUUUUAUCUAAACAUCUUAGCAAUCAUUUUUUAAUCAAGUUUUCUUAAUGGACCAAAACAUAGUAAUUUAUGAUUUUAUUGAUCAUUCAAAUCAUUGUUCACGUUAAUGGUAAUAAUUUUCUCUAUAAGAUAUUAAGACUUAUUUUUUUAUUCUUUUAUUUAUUUAUUCUACUUUUUUUUUUCAAAGUUUAAGCACAGAGUUCAAAGACUGAUUUUCAUCGUUAUGAUGAAAGUGAUCGUAUUUAAUAAAACAAUUAAGUAAUAUUAUAAUUGUCUACAAAAUACUUGUAAAUAAAUAACGAUCGUUUUUAUGUAUCAUAAAUUAUCUGUAGAUCAUCGUUCAGAUUUUAUCUUACUCUAUGUCUCGUAUAAAAAAAAAAAAAUACAAAAAUACAAAAAAUAAAAAAAAAAUUCAAGAUUCCUUUCUCAUCUUACCUCAUUACUUUAAUGAAUACGCUCGUAAAAAACCUCUUUUUUACGAUUAUACGUAUUAAUUAUUUCCAAAUCUUAACGCUCGCGUGUAUCAAAAUGAUUGUAAAAUUUCUCGAUAAGCAUCUCGAAAUUCAUCGUUUAUAUUAAAACGGCAGAACGAACGCGUAAUUAUUUAUCAAGAUAAAUUCUAUCAUUACUAUACAUUGUAACAUAGUAAUAAAAAUUUUAUUUUAUAAAUUUUUCUAUAAUCAAUGAUCAAAUCUACCUUUUUUUUUUAUAUAUAAUUUACAUCAUCAAUCCAUGAAAAAAAUAUCAAAGACGCUAACGCGAGAAAGAAAUAUAAGACACGUUCGAAAUUUUACAAGUUCAGAUUGUCAAAAAAAAAAUCAGAGCGUGUAAUUAAAAUUAAAAAGAUUGAUUAAAUUCUUACAUUGUAUUAAUCAUUAUAAAUAAUGAUUGUAGAAAUGAUACAAUAACACUACAAAAAAAAUUUAACGAUCUUCGUUCGAUUAUAUAAAAACGAUUGUAAAAUUUAUCGAUAGCUCGUCUCUAAUUUUAAAAAUAUAGUUAGGGAGCUAAUACAAUCAUUUAAAUAAAAAUCGUUCUGUACCUUUCGAUCGAAAAAAAAACAAAGAAUUCAGCUAUGAAGAUUACUAUCGUGUAUUUUCUAUUUAUCAUAGCAUCGAAUCUACGCUAGUCGAUCAUUUCCUAUUUUUUCUAAUUGAUCCUUAUAUUUUUUCUUCUUCACUUUUGAUCCAAUUCACUUACUAAUAUUAACGAAGAAAAAAUAUAUAUAUGAUAAUGACGUGUAUAUAUUUAAAAAAGAAUUCGAGAAAUAAAAAAGAAAAAAAAAAAGAAUUAUGAAUGAAAUUUCCAAGAGAUAAAAUUAAUUAGAAAGUUUGUUACUAUACGUAUAUACUUAUACGCACUUAUAUAGGCUGCAGCAAAAAUUUUAUCCAUCUGACAUACAAUAUUUUCGUUUUUUUUUGUGAUAAUAUGUAAAAAAAAAUAUAUAUAUAUAUAAGACUGGAAUGAUAUAGAGAGGGACGUAACGUUACGUAAAUACUUUUUACGUGGGUAGAGACGUAGAGGAAAUUUCAACAAGGUCAUCUGUUUUUUUUUCUUUUUCUCUUUUUUUAAGAUGCUACAUAUUUUACUAUUUUUCUAAUGGCGUAAAUCGCCAUAUUGUUUACGUACAUCGAGUACGUGAUAUUAUUAUAGAAACUUAAAGUAACCUUAUCCUUAAAACAAAAUUACAUACACACACAUCAUACGCACGUACUCACGCACGCAAA